GCUGCUGCUGUCUGCGGGGUGUUUUUUACGGUCCCUAAAGGCGGAAGCGGGGGCGGGACGAGGGGGUAGACGGAUGGCUUUUGCAGCCAGUCAGCGGUGGAAGGAGGCCCAGGCGCGACACAUCGACUUCCGGUUCCGGUGGGCUCUGGGUUCAGCUCCCCGACAGGCUCGCGAUGCCUCUACACAAGUAUCCCGUGUGGCUCUGGAAGCGGUUGCAGCUACGGGAGGGCAUCUGUUCCCGCCUGCCCGGCCACUACCUGCGCUCCCUGGAGGAGGAGCGGACGCCCACUCCCGUGCACUAUAGGCCUCACGGGGCCAAGUUCAAGAUCAACCCCAAGAACGGGCAGCGGGAGCGUGUGGAGGACGUGCCCAUCCCCAUCUACUUUCCCCCCGAGUCCCAGCGGGGGUUGUGGGGCGGCGAGGGCUGGAUCCGGGGCCAAAUAUAUGCCAACAACGACAAGCUCUCCAAGAGGCUGAAGAAGGUGUGGAAGCCACAGCUGUUUGAGCGAGAGCUCUACAGUGAGAUCCUGGACAAGAAGUUCACAGUGACUGUCACCAUGCGGACCCUGGACCUCAUCGAUGAGGCUUACGGGCUCGACUUUUACAUCCUCAAGACCCCGAAGGAGGACCUGUGCUCCAAGUUUGGGAUGGACCUGAAGCGAGGAAUGCUGCUGCGGCUUGCCCGGCAGGACCCCCAGCUGCACCCCGAGGACCCUGAGCGGCGGGCAGCCAUCUACGACAAGUACAAGGAAUUUGCCAUCCCAGAGGAGGAGGCAGAGUGGGUGGGCCUCACGCUGGAGGAGGCCAUUGAGAAGCAGAGACUCCUGGAGGAGAAGGACCCUGUACCCCUGUUCAAGAUCUAUGUGGCGGAGCUGAUCCAGCAGCUGCAGCAGCAGGCACUGUCAGAGCCGGCAGUGGUGCAGAAGAGAGCCAGUGGCCAGUGACCACACAGCUCCUCCAUGCCUGACCAACAGGCCCAGCCUUCCCUGCCAGGCCCUUUGCACUGAGGACACAGAUCCCGGGGAGCUGUGAGGGCCACCGGUGGGCAGUGGGUGGAUCCUGGUUUCGUGUGCUGCCCAUGCACCUUCCAGCCCGGGGCCAGCUUGGCAGGGAUCCCCAGGAGGCCUGGGCCGCCCAGAGGCUCCUCUCAGGCUGGGCCCCCACGUUUGCGGCAGUGUUCCUUGUGCCUGUGGGGCCGGGAGUGAGUAAAGUCUGGGCCAGGC